UCCCCGGAUCCGCUUUAAACCGAGCGGCGACAGCGGACCUCAGUUUCUCAGAGUGGACCCUCUCAGCUUCGCGAUACCGCCCCCAAUCUCAGUGUCGGUACGGAGCCGCCAGGCCGGGACAGAGACGGAGAGAGAGCCCUCGGCCAUGGAAGCGCUCGGACCCGGCCCACCUCCAACCUCCCUGUUCCAGCCUCCUCGGCGGCCCGGCCUGGGCACGGUGGGGAAGCCCAUCCGCCUGCUGGCCAACCACUUCCAGGUGCAGAUCCCCAAAAUCGAUGUCUACCACUAUGAGGUGGAGAUCAAGCCAGAGAAACGACCUCGCCGUGUCAACAGGGAGGUGGUGGACACCAUGGUGCGGCACUUCAAGAUGCAGAUUUUUGGGGACCGCCAGCCUGGCUACGAUGGCAAGAGGAACAUGUACACGGCCCACCCCCUGCCCAUUGGCAGAGACCGGGUGGACCUGGAGGUGACACUGCCCGGCGAGGGGAAGGACCAGACCUUCAAGGUGUCCCUGCAGUGGGUGUCGGUGGUCAGCCUGCAGAUGCUGCUGGAGGCGCUGUCGGGCCACCUCAACGAGGUGCCUGAGGACUCUGUCCAGGCGCUUGACGUCAUCACCCGGCACCUGCCCUCCAUGAGGUACACCCCGGUGGGGCGCUCUUUCUUCUCUCCCCCCGAGGGGUACUACCACCCCCUGGGCGGGGGGCGCGAGGUGUGGUUCGGGUUCCACCAGUCUGUGAGGCCGGCCAUGUGGAAUAUGAUGCUCAACAUUGACGUGUCUGCGACGGCAUUCUAUCGCGCUCAGCCAGUCAUCGAAUUCAUGUGUGAAGUGCUGGACAUCCAGAACAUCAACGAGCAGACCAAGCCGCUGACCGACUCUCAGCGUGUCAAGUUCACCAAGGAGAUCCGCGGGCUGAAGGUGGAGGUGACGCACUGCGGUCAGAUGAAGAGGAAAUAUCGUGUCUGCAAUGUCACACGCCGCCCUGCCAGCCACCAAACGUUCCCCCUGCAGCUGGAGAAUGGCCAGGCCAUGGAGUGCACUGUGGCCCAGUACUUCAAGCAGAAGUACAGCCUGCAGCUAAAGUACCCUCACCUGCCCUGCCUGCAGGUGGGGCAGGAGCAGAAACACACCUAUCUGCCCCUGGAGGUGUGUAACAUUGUGGCGGGGCAGCGCUGCAUCAAGAAACUGACGGAUAACCAGACCUCCACCAUGAUCAAAGCCACAGCGCGCUCUGCGCCUGACAGGCAGGAGGAGAUCAGCCGGCUGGUCAAAAGCAACAGCAUGGUGGGUGGUCCUGACCCCUACCUGAAGGAGUUUGGCAUCGUGGUCCACAACGACAUGACGGAGGUGACUGGGCGGGUCCUCCCAGCGCCCAUGCUGCAGUAUGGGGGCCGGGUGAGUACAGACACUGGGAGGGACUGUGGCAGGAAUAAAACCGUGGCCACGCCGAACCAGGGCGUGUGGGACAUGAGGGGGAAGCAGUUCUAUGCCGGGAUCGAGAUCAAGGUGUGGGCUGUCGCCUGCUUCGCGCCCCAGAAACAGUGUCGGGAGGACCUGCUGAAGAGUUUCACAGACCAGCUGCGCAAGAUCUCGAAGGACGCGGGGAUGCCCAUCCAGGGCCAGCCGUGCUUCUGUAAAUACGCGCAGGGCGCAGACAGCGUGGAGCCCAUGUUUAAGCACUUGAAGAUGUCCUAUGUGGGGCUGCAGCUUAUUGUUGUCAUCCUGCCAGGAAAGACGCCAGUCUACGCGGAGGUGAAGCGGGUGGGAGACACUCUGCUGGGAAUGGCCACCCAGUGUGUCCAGGUGAAGAACGUGGUGAAGACCUCCCCUCAGACCCUCUCCAACCUCUGCCUCAAAAUCAACGCCAAGCUGGGCGGCAUCAACAACGUGCUGGUGCCCCAUCAGCGCCCCUCCGUGUUCCAGCAGCCGGUGAUCUUCCUCGGGGCGGACGUGACGCACCCCCCUGCGGGAGACGGGAAGAAGCCCUCCAUCGCGGCGGUGGUGGGCAGCAUGGACGGGCACCCCAGCCGCUACUGCGCCACAGUGCGUGUGCAGACCUCGCGGCAGGACCUGGCGCAGGAGCAGCUCUUCAGCCAGGAGGUCAUCCAGGAUCUCACCAACAUGGUGCGCGAGCUGCUCAUCCAGUUCUACAAGUCCACGCGCUUCAAGCCCACCCGGAUCAUCUACUACCGCGGCGGCGUUUCCGAGGGGCAGAUGAAGCAGGUGGCGUGGCCAGAGCUCAUCGCCAUUCGAAAAGCCUGCAUCAGCCUGGAGGAGGACUACCGGCCUGGCAUCACCUACAUCGUGGUGCAGAAACGCCACCAUACCAGACUCUUCUGUGCUGACAAGGCAGAGCGCGUGGGGAAGAGUGGGAAUGUCCCAGCAGGCACCACGGUGGACAGCACGAUCACCCAUCCAUCCGAGUUUGACUUCUACCUGUGCAGCCACGCCGGUAUUCAGGGCACCAGCCGCCCCUCCCACUACCACGUCCUGUGGGAUGACAACUGCUUCACUGCCGACGAGCUCCAGCUGCUCACCUACCAGCUGUGCCACACCUAUGUGCGCUGCACGCGCUCCGUCUCCAUCCCUGCGCCCGCCUACUACGCGCGGCUGGUGGCGUUCCGCGCCCGCUACCACCUGGUGGACAAGGACCAUGACAGUGCGGAGGGCAGCCACGUGUCUGGGCAGAGCAACGGCCGGGACCCCCAGGCCCUGGCCAAGGCCGUGCAGAUCCACUAUGACACCCAGCACACCAUGUACUUCGCCUGAGCCGAGCCCCGCCUGGCGGCACGCGCUCUCUCUCUGUCUCUCUCCUCUUCCUCUUUCUCAGCACCAAAGCGGUUCUGAAGCCAAGAGGCCCGGCUGUCUGUUGAGUCGAAAUUGCCGGGCCAAUUCGGACCGCUCUCACCAGCAAUCCAGGAUUCCCAGACGCACUGAGACACCAGGUUCUGAUGCACAGAAACACAUUGAGCCAUUUUUUUCUUAAAUAUAUUUUUUUUAUAUAUAUAUACUGAUCUUGGUCAGGUCAGAAGCACUAGAGAGAACUGAUCUUUUACUUCACCGCUAACAAGGAGUUUGUGUAUUUUUACCUCAAAGGCGCAGAAGCCACAGUCCCGAGUUUUUAAGCAAGGGUUUUGCAUGGGUGGUUUGUGUUAAUUGCAGAUUUUAAAACGCUGAAUUAUUUUUAUCAUGUUUUAGCUCUUUCCUUUUUUUGUCUUGAUUUUUAAACGAGGUGACUUUGGUGUCAAAACUCUUUUCCUGUGCUGUGCUGUUCGUCUGAGUGUGUGUCUGCGCGAGUGUCUGUAUGUGUGUAUUUCAAAAUAGACGCAUUUGAUUAAAAUUUCCAUGGCAGGCCACAGAAUUGUAAAGGGAAAUUAAGGAGUUAACUGCUGUAAAUGCCUCAGAUUUUUUUUAUAUAUACAUAUAUAUAAAGAGAUAUAAAUAGACGAUUUUACAGGCUUUUUGAAGCCAGUUGUUGUGUGUAGCAGUGUCCGUGUUCUGGCCCGUGUUUAGUGUGGGAGGGUGGAGAGUUUAUUCGGGGUUGGGUUGGGGGAGGGGGGUGUCCUAUGUCUUAGCUCUCAGGCCGGCCAAACAAGGCAGGUUUGUAUACCAGCCUGGACACACUGCCCUGCCAGCUGCUUUUUGAAGAACCUGCAAGAACCACGCGCUCUGCCACCAGGGGGCGCUCUGCCAUGGCCUGCUCUGCAUGUGCUGGGCUUCAGGGGCUUCACCUGCGCAGGGUUCUCUUACAGCUCAUUCCAGAGCAGCUCCCUGGACUGACAGGGGCGCUUGUGCUUUGGAUGUUUAUGCAUUUAUAAAGACAAAUACAUUUGUAAGAGUUUAAUAUAAAAGUUUUGUGAGUAUCCUAACUGUUGUUAGUUUAGGUUUUUGGUAGUGUUUUUUUCCUAAUCCUGUCAGCUUCCUAUCUGACACAGAGAGUGUAGGAGUAUUUGGCUAAAGUGGCUGAUGAGGUGGUUCAGAGUAGUAGGGGGUAUUUUAGAGCUCUGUUUGUCGUGCAGUGGAUAAUUUGCUUUAAGCCGCCUGUCUGAACUCGUUGUGGAUGCAAAGCUCCGUUUGUGUUGUACGUUCCCGCAAUGCAGUGUUGUCAAAGGGGGUGUCCUGUUGGAUUGGGGGUUCACCUGGUGCCAGCUCCUCUACACUCUCAGCAGCCCCAGCCAGCUGUUGGCUCCUGACCCUUACAGGCAGCUUCUCUUAGAGAGCGGAGCUACUGGAGGAAUUUCAGUGCUUGUCCCUCACCUUUCCCGCCCUUAAAGACUCACCAGCCCAGCCACAGUAGCAGCUCAGGGUGGCGAAGGGAGGGGGUGCAGCUGGGCAGGCCAGGUGGAGUGCGGCUGUUUGGGGGAGCAGUUUUCUCUGCCAGCUAUUCUCUCCGUGACCCGAUUGAAGUCCGACACUGACCAGUACCUUCACACCGCCUCCUCUUCCUCUGGUCCGAGAUGUCUGCUGCAGUGCUGAAACCGGGCUGCCUGUCAGGAGCUGUGUUGGCAGCUGGCUGUGGCUGAGCUUCGGGGUCACGGGAACCGGCGGGGAGCAGGGAUGUGUGUCUGGGCUUGACCCCGAGGAUAAGGACAAUCGGAGCUGUAGAACAGGGGGGCGAGUGUAGGGGGUGACAGUAGAAUUACUGAAGUAUUUAUAUAAAUGUUUGUGUAUAAAAUAAAACGUAUACUUAAGGUGGCUAUUAAGAUUUUAUGAAAUCAUAGCAUCCAGUGAUAAAGCUAAAGCACUGCCUCCGAGCCCAUGAGGGAGCGGGCGACGCGGGCGCACACGGCUCGCCAGGCGCGAGCCCAGUUCAGACCAUUUUGUAUUAAACCACCUUUGAAGCAGCAGGUUUGCUAUGAAUGUGUUUGGGCUCGCGCCUGCCGGGGGUGUGUGCGUGUGUUGGGGGGGGGGGGGGUGAGCGGGGUACAUAUGCAAUAAAAAGUCGCCCACUGGAUGGGAAUUGGACUGGGCCGCUGAGCCCCUCUGGGGUCCCCAUGACGGGCAGGUGGGCGAAGCUCCAAGAAAAGAUGGCUGACCCCAAUGCUGGGCAAGUGUCUCUGCAAAGCUUUCUCUCCAGGUGGACGUUCAGCAGCUUGGGGGGGGUUUCGGCUUCGCUGCCCCGAGUGGGUAAGCGGUGUGGAUUCGAGCACCGUGUUACUGGGUGGGAGGGGGGGCUCUUAAGGGCAAUGCGACAGUAACUCCAGUUUUACAGACUAUCAUUGCAAAGCAAUACCAUAAAGUCAAUAUUUGAGAAAUUAAAGAUCCAACGUUUCCCUCCGGAGAUGUGGCUGUUGAUCUGAUCCCUCUAGAUGUUUGUGUUUUAAGUACUUGUUUUUGCUUGUAUCAAUCAGUGGGGAAAUGUGCAUUUGUAGGAGUAGCUGUUAAGCUUUUCUAAGAACAAUCUUGACUCGCUCGCAUGCAUGCCAGAAUCUUGUUGUAAAACUGUUUAGAGAAUUUUUAAUAAAAUGAAUCAGUUUUGUAAAUGUUAAUUAUAGUCAGACUGUUUUAGGAUAGCAAUACAUGACUCUGCCAGACUCCCACGCCCGUCAGAAGUGGGAGCCCAGCCAGUGGUUGCAGAGCAGUCGGCCUCAGUCCCAGAAUCCACAUUAAAACGAGGUACUUCACACAGUGGAACAGGCUGCGGCCUUCAGAAAGGCUGCUCUACCCCGAGGACGGACCCACUGCUCUUCACACCCUGUGGCUUGUGCUUCCACAGCAGCUGGGCUCAGUGGUGCCCCCUGCAGGCCCUCCCAGAACUGAACUGGCUCCUCCUGGGUCUGCUGCUGGGGAUACAGCUUACAGGUUUUUUUAAAGCUGUAUUUUUUCUCCCCCUCCCCCCCCCACCAUUGCACCCCAGAUUUUAAGAGAGUGGGUUUGAGAAUUUCCUCUUUGAUCUUAAGAUUUGUUUGCUACAACUUAUGAAAUGUUUCAUUGUAAUUUAAGUUGUACUUAUCCUGAUGUUUAGCUCUGUACUGUUCCAUAGUGUUCCGAGCUGUGCCGGUGGCUGUCCGAUAGCAAUACGAGGUACUCCGUCUGACCUGCUGGGGGAGGGGCCAGGGUCAGCCCUGCCCACUUCCGCUAGGGUGCCCACACAAUUGCUGCAUUGCUAUGUGACUUUUCUUUGAUUUUGUUUUUGUUUUUUUUAGCCUGCAGGGAAUAUUUGUGUUUAUGUGGAAAGUAAUAAAUUGGUAUUUUAUGCCUAA